AUGGGGUUCUCCCUUGUUCAGGGUUCAUGGAUUCGGAAAUCUACAUCUACUCAUUCUGACCUUCCAUCCACAGAGAUCCCUUCUUCAUCUCAUUCUGCUCCUCCCUCUAUACCAUCCUCUGAGAUCCCAGCUGAUUCUGACAUUCCCUCUUCUCAGCCUGCUCCUCAGAUAGCCCCCACUAUCUUUGACUCCGAGUUCGUAGAAACGUUAGUCGACAGGAUUUCGAGUGAGGUGGUCUUGCGCGUUCAGCCGGAGUUCACUCGGCUACACGAGAGGAUCACUCACUUGGAUGAGAGCAUAUCUCGGGAGGACUCCCUCUUGGUGGAGGAGAUCCGGGAUCUGCAGCUGAGGGUUGCUGCCAUUGCCGCUCCUACAGUCAUCGACAUUUUGGAGUUCGCCAAGGAGGCUGGAGAACUUCGAGGCAGAGUGGAGCGUGCUACUGCACAGAUUGUGGACUCUAUGAGUGAUUUUCAUCUUCUACAGAAGAAUAAAUUUUUCAAGAUGAUAAAACUUCUAGAGUCCAUCACCUCUUCCAUAGACAGCCUUUUUGGUGGUGCUUCAUCUUCGAAGCCCUACUCGGAGGUAUCAGCAACAACUGGUUUUAUUACGGGACAUCUCAUGAUGUUCAUAUCGAUCUAUUAUGUGCCUCUGCAUCUAGCAUUGGGUAGACCUCAUACAAUAACUGUCCUAGUUCUACCGUAUCUUUUGUUUCAUUUCUUCUGGAACAAUCACAAAAACUUUUUUGAUUAUGGAUCUACUAUUAGAAAUUCAAUGCGUAAUCUCAGCAUUCAAUGUGUAUUCCUGAAUAAUCUCAUUUUUCAAUUAUUCAACCAUUUCAUUUUACCAAGUUCAACGUUAGCAAGAUUAGUAAAAUUUUAUAUGUUUCGAUGCAACAACAAGAUGUUAUUUGUAACAAGUAGUUUUGUUGGUUGGUUAAUUGGUCACAUUUUAUUCAUGAAAUGGGUUGGAUUGGUAUUAUUCUGGAUACGGCAAAAUCAUUCUAUUCGAUCUAAUAAGUACCUUGUGUCAGAAUUGAACAAUUCUAUGGCUCGAAUCUUUAGUAUUCUCUUAUUUAUCACCUGUGUCUACUAUUUAGGCAGAAUGUCGUCGCCUAUUGUCACUAAGAAACUGAAAGAAACUUCAGAAAUGGAAGAAAGGGGAGAAAGUGAGGAAGAAAGCGAUAUAGAAACAACUUUCGAAAUGAAGGAGACUAAACAGGAACAAGAGGGAUCCGCUGAAGAUUCAGACUUCAUUUGA